AUGGGUAAAAACGGAAAAUGGGGCAAAGAUUAUGGAUCUGUACUUCAGAGAGACACUACAGGGCGACCUGGAUGGAAAGGUCCGGCAUUCACGAAAAAACCCGAAGUAAAACCACAGAAGGCAGACGAGGAUAAAGAUUUGGUUAAAGAAUCUCUUAUUCCUGUGAAAUUACAACAACUCCUAUUGAAUAUAUUCAGAGAUACAUUCACAGGUGUCAUCGAGUCUGAGGACUUUCGUCAGCUGUUGCAGGAUGUCAAGGGAGCUUUAUACGAUAGGGACUUUAACCGUGCAUUUGGAAAUGAAGAAUAUCUCGAAAUCUAUUCUGCAAGAUGGUCACCUAGCAGGUCAUUGUGUUAUGCUUCGAUUCUUUUGGAUCUUCAAGAACAUCUUGGGAAGAUAUUGCCCCGUGAUAAGAACGCUCAGGUGAAGGUCGACUCUGGGGUAGUGACUGACGUUCCAUCUACGACGUCUUCUAGGUCAAAACUACGAGUCGUAUCAAUUGGUGGAGGUGCAGCUGAGAUAGUCGCAUUUGGAGGCUUCUUAAAGCACAAUGUCGAACCUCCGGUCACUGGAACGACCUCCCAGAGCGCUGAUGAAGCGAUAGCUUCUCUCACCUUAUCCGACAUGAAGCAUGAUAUCGAAUUGCUACUCGUUGAUACAGCACCCUGGGGAAAUGUUGUUGACAAACUCCAGACUUGUCUCAUGACUCCUCCGCCAAUGUCUAAGUAUGCGAGCGCAUCUGCUAGGGAAGCGAAUUCGUCUCUUGUCAAACCUGAGGAUAUCACUUCAACAUUUCUGAAACAUGAUGUGUUAGCAAUGAGUCAAAGCGAGCUCGGUGAUCUGGUCGGCAAGAAGCCAGUUCUUGUUACUUUAUUCUUUACGUUGAAUGAACUAUAUACAGCAUCGAUCACCAAGACAACCAGUUUCUUACUAAAAAUGACGUCGAUUCUUCCUGCUGGAUCGCUCCUCUUAGUUGUGGAUAGCCCAGGGUCAUAUUCAGAAACCAAAGUCGGGACAGAAGAGAAGAAAUAUCCGAUGAAGUUUCUACUUGACCACACUCUAAUUGAGACAGAAAAGUCUAGGGGGAAAGAGAGCAACCUUGAUUGGGUGAAAGUCCACUCCGAGGAAUCUGAAUGGUUCAGACUGAGUGAAGCUCUCCGAUAUCCAAUUCCACUGGAAAACAUGCGAUACCAGGUACACCUUUACCGUCGCUCUUAA